AUGAAAGAAGAUCUUAACCAGUUGGAUUGUAACGAUGGCUUUCUUAAAGAUCAACUUGAUAGGCCUCAAACAUCUCUCUGUUCUCUUUUAGUUGAUAUACAGCCAUCUGAUAUUGUAGAAGUCUGGGAGCUCUUCGGGAUUACGAAUUUAUGGUAUCUAGAAGAUAUUCAAGAUCAAGAUAGUCAAUUAAAAUUACAAGAAACUGUAGAAGUAUUAACACAAUUUCAGCAAAACAAUAAUGCAGAAAUGAUGAAUGAUUUACAUUUAUUUAAUAAGUUCAGACCACAAUAUAUAUUUACAAGUAAAAUAAAAAAACAAGUGCAAAGAGAAGUUAGAUACGCCCAAGGUUUCAGAAAGGUUAAAAAAGCCCUUAAUUUAGCUCUAGAUUUAAAUUAUGAAGAUAAAUUUCUCAAAAUUAUAAGCAACUUUAUUACCUGUAAAAAAAGUAGUAUACAAAGCACAAGCAAUGAGGAAAAUUUAUGCGUCUUAGAUCUCUUGGUUCAAAAACGACGUGGAUGUCAACCAAAUAAACGUAUUAAAUCAGCAACAGAGAAGUCACAUCACAGUAGUUCUGGAAACAGCGCAAUCAACCCAUCUGAUCCCAAUUUGACAUCUAGAGUUACAAAUAAUGAAAAUCAAAUAUCUCUGAUCUUUCUAAAUCCUCUUCACACUCUUAAUAGCAAUGAUAUUCAUAUUCAAGAAAAAACUGAUUCUGAUGAUACUGAUGAGGAUGGCGAUGAUGUGUCUAAUUCUGAUAAAUCAUUUAUCGUAGAUGAAAAUAUAGUCAAGCGUAAAUAUGUAUGUAAAGCAUGUAGCAAAUCUGGACAUAAUAUCCGAAAAUGUAAAUUUCAAGAGUGA